AUGAGGAAACUCUUGAAAACUGCCAUUAUUGAUGUACACAAAAUAAAUAGUUGUGACGCCUCUCAGUCUACUAAUCUAUUUAAGGAAAAAUUAAGUUCACUAAUUAUAAACAAUAUAGAUAAAUUUGAAAAUGAAGAAAUAAUUAAAAUAAUGGAAAAAUACAAUGAGAACAACUAUAAAGACAGGAAAAUAUUAAGAACUAGCUACGAUGUUUUUAAAAACAAUAUACACAGAUACUCUUUUGAUCAAAUAAAUAAAAUACUUAAAUUAUAUCAUACAUCGCAAGUUUAUGAUAAUCAAUUCAAUGUAUCAAUUUUUAGUUAUGUUAUUAAGAGAAUGAAUGCGAUACCCGCAUCUGUGACUAUAAACAUUUUUCAUAAUUUAGUGAAAUCUGGUUUAGGACAUAACAGAAAUAUUGAUUCACUUAAAGAACAUUUUAAGAAAAACAUAGACACGUACAAUACCUUAGAUUUAACAAUUAUUUUAAGUAGUUUUACCUUGUUACAAGAGGAGAUUUUAAUGAACUCUACGAAGUCGUUUGUAAAUAAAAAUUCGCAUGAUGUAGAAUUAAGGAAUUCAUCACCAAAUUCAUCUGAUUAUAACGAAAUAAUAACAUUAAUAUUAAAUAAAAUAAAAAAUGAUGAACAUAUUCACAACAACUUGAGUGUUGUAAAUUCCAUCUUAAUACUGAACAUGAUUAGUCGAUUAAAUAUUAAUAAUUAUGAUAUUUUUAAAUUCUUUACAAAAAAAUAUUACAAAAAUUUAAAGGAAAAUGAUGUAGAACCGCACCACUUGACGUUGUUGCUGAAUUCAUUUGCAAAGUGCAAUAUAAACAUUAAUAUACUCAAAUAUAUAAUUAAGUAUAUGAACAAUGAUAAUUUUAUUAAUCACCUGUCUUAUGUAAAUAUUACAAAUGCACUUCAUUAUAUGGCAAAAUUUAAUUACCAAAAUAAAAUAUUUUUAAAUCGUUUGAAAUAUAAGGUCAUGGAAAUUAUUGAUAAGAUUCCUCAAAGAGAAUUUAGCAAUAUCAUGUGGUCCUUAUCUAAAUUAAAAGUUAAAGACAAUAACUUUUAUUUUAUUUCUCUCCAAAAAAUUAAGAAAAUUCUCCCUUCAAUGGACAUGAUGUCAAUUGCUCAAGUUUUAGAUGCAUUACGACGAAAAAGUUUAUCAAGUAAUACAUCAUUUAUGGAUAAGUUACUUGAUCCCGACAGCUAUAAAAGUCAAACAACAUGUGAAUUAUCCAACAUUCAUGAAAAACCAAUAAGAGAUAAUGAUAAUAUAAAUAAUAAAAAUUCAGAAGCUUUCAAUAUAAAGGAAUAUAUACAAAAACCUAAUCAUACAGGGGGAAAAAUAAAUAGUGAAUGUAAUAAUCUAGGGAUAUAUGACCACACAAAAGAACAGAGAAAACCUUUGGAAAAUGAUCAAACGAAACGAACAACAGAUGAAUUGCGCCAAAAUAAUGAUGUUAAUUUAUGCUACAUAUCCAAAGACUUAGAAAUAGAAGUUACAAACUUGUUAACACAGAAAUACAUGGAAAAUAUUGAGCUUUGCUCACUCCAUGUUUUGACACAAGUCCCUUUUUGUUGUUUGCAAUUAGACUGCACUAAUUACGACAUUUAUCACAAAUCUCUUGAAGUUUUAAAACGGAAAAGAAAAAAUAUGAGUACCUUAAAUUUAAUAUAUGCAAGGUACUUUAUCAGGAUUCUUAUUGAAAAGCAAGAAAAUAAUUUUCAAAAAUUACCUCGAUCUCUUAAGCAGUUUGCGCGAGAAAUCAUGAAUUCGGAUAGCAGUUAG